GCAGUGACGCACAUGACGGUGACGCCCAUGGAUGAGGCCACCGCGUCUCUGCUGAAGGUGCUCCGCGGGCGUGCGUGUGGGGCCGAGGGCUCGUGGCAGCGGGGCGUUCCCCAGGACGUGACCUCCACCUCGGGCUGCGCGGCGCUGGGCGUGCGUCUGCCUCACACCGAGUACGAGCUCUUCAGCAUGGGCCAGGACCCGUCGGGACGCAGCCUCCUCUACAACGGCCAGAGACCCAGCGACGGCUCCAGUCCGGACCGGCCCGAGCGACGGCCCACCAGCUUCCAGCCGCCGCUGAUCCGCUGCAGCACUGGGCAGACGGGCGAGCGGCGCGGGGGGCGAGAGGGAGACCAGCGCUUCACACUGAACGCCGGCUGCGGCUCAAACACACUGCACGGACUCGUGCCGCUGAUCCUGCUGCUCGUCUUCAUGUAGAGACUGAGAUCGCCCAGUUUAUCCCGUUUGCACUAGCUCACCAAGCUGCUCGCACGAUUUAGGAUCAAAACGUGACCAAAAACUAACC